AUGGCGCAAGCCGCCAAGCAGCUCCGCAAAACCAAGGACCUCGCGGAGGCCGCCGCCCAGGAGCAGAGGGAGAAGGAGGAGGAAAAGAUAAAAAAGAGGAAUCGAUCCAGGGACCGCAGGCGCAAGGCUGAUGCAGCCACCAGCUUUCUGCGUGCAGCUCGUUCAGGGAACCUGGACAAGGCUCUGGAUCACAUCAAGAAUGGACUCGACAUCAACACAGCUAAUCAAAAUGGUCUCAACGGGUUACACCUGGCCUCUAAAGAAGGUCACGUCAAAAUGGUCCUGGAGCUCCUACACGCUGGCAUUGAGCUGGAAGCCACCACCAAGAAAGGGAACACUGCUCUCCAUAUUGCAGCACUGGCCGGGCAGGAGAAAGUGGUGGCUGAGCUUGUCAACUACGGUGCCAACGUUAAUGCCCAGUCACAUAAAGGGUUCAGUCCUCUCUACAUGGCAGCACAGGAGAAUCACUUAGAGGUGGUCAAGUUCCUGCUCGAGAACGGUGCCAAUCAGAGCCUCCCAACCGAGGAUGGCUUCACUCCCCUGGCCGUAGCCCUCCAGCAGGGCCAUGAAAACGUUGUGGCGCUGCUCAUCAACUAUGGCACCAAGGGCAAGGUGCGCCUCCCCGCCCUGCACAUCGCUGCACGAAACGACGACACGCGCACCGCCGCAGUACUCCUACAGAACGAUCCCAACCCCGAUGUGCUCAGCAAGACUGGUUUCACACCUCUCCAUAUUGCAGCCCACUAUGAGAACAUGAGCGUAGCCCAGCUGCUGCUUAACAGAGGAGCCAAUGUGAACUUUAUACCCAAGAAUGGCAUCACGCCCCUUCAUAUAGCCGCCAGGAGGGGCAAUGUGAUGAUGGUCAGACUACUGCUGGACAGAGGAGCACAGAUUGAUGCCAAAACUAAGGAUGAGCUGACUCCUCUCCACUGUGCAGCCAGGAAUGGCCAUGUUCGCAUUAUUGAGAUCCUGCUGGAACACGGUGCUCCCAUCCAGGCUAAAACCAAGAAUGGUCUGUCUCCCAUCCACAUGGCAGCUCAGGGGGAUCACAUGGACUGUGUCAGGCAGCUACUGCAAUACAACGCUGAGAUUGACGAUAUCACGCUGGACCAUUUAACCCCUCUUCAUGUAGCAGCCCACUGUGGUCACCAUCGCAUGGCCAAAGUCCUACUGGACAAGGGGGCCAAAGCCAAUGCACGCGCUCUGAAUGGCUUCACACCUCUACAUAUUGCUUGCAAGAAGAACCACAUGCGGUCCAUGGACCUGCUGCUUAAGCACUCUGCUUCUUUGGAAGCUGUCACAGAGUCUGGUCUCACUCCUCUUCAUGUAGCAGCAUUCAUGGGCCAUCUGAACAUAGUGAAGAACCUGCUCCAAAGAGGUGCUUCACCUAAUGCUUCCAAUGUGAAAGUGGAGACUCCCCUGCACAUGGCCUCAAGAGCGGGACACUGUGAAGUUGCUCAGUUCCUGCUGCAGAACGCAGCGCAAGUGGAUGCCAAGGCUAAGGAUGACCAGACACCUCUACACUGCGCAGCCCGUAUGGGCCACAAGGAGCUUGUCAAGCUGCUCCUUGAGCACAACGCCAACACCGACUCGGCUACAACGGCAGGCCAUACACCCUUACACAUCGCUGCACGUGAAGGACACGUCCACACCAUUCGAAUAUUGCUGGAUGCUGGAGCACAGCAAAUCAAGAUGACAAAGAAAGGCUUCACUCCCCUCCACGUGGCCUCUAAAUAUGGAAAGGUGGACGUGGCGGAACUACUUCUGGAGAGAGGAGCCAACCCUAAUGCAGCUGGGAAGAAUGGUCUGACACCCCUUCAUGUGGCCGUCCAUCACAACAACCUGGAUGUUGUUAAACUUCUGGUCAGCAAGGGAGGAUCUGCACACAGCACUGCUCGAAAUGGCUACACGCCCCUGCACAUAGCAGCCAAGCAGAACCAGAUGGAGGUGGCCAGUUGUCUGCUGCAGAAUGGGGCUUCACCCAAUGCCGAGUCCCUCCAAGGCAUCACGCCCCUGCACCUCGCGUCACAGGAGGGACGGCCUGACAUAGUGGCUCUGCUCAUCUCCAAACAGGCCAACGUUAAUCUGGGAAACAAGAAUGGACUGACUCCUCUGCAUCUUGUGGCUCAGGAGGGUCACGUGGGUAUCGCUGACACUUUGGUCAAACAGGGAGCUUCCGUUUACGCUGCUUCACGGAUGGGCUACACACCCCUUCAUGUGGCCUGUCACUAUGGCAACAUCAAGAUGGUGAAGUUCCUUCUGCAGCAGCAGGCUCACGUGAACAGCAAGACAAGGAUGGGCUACACCCCUCUACACCAGGCAGCUCAGCAGGGCCACACUGAUAUUGUCACCCUGUUGUUGAAACACGGAGCCCAGCCCAAUGAGAUUACUUCGAAUGGGACAUCUCCAUUGGGCAUUGCGAAGCGGCUGGGUUACAUAUCUGUCAUUGACGUGCUGAAGCUGGUUACCGAAGAGUCUGUCUCCACGAUCACUACAGAAAAGCAUCGGAUGAGUUUUCCUGAAACAGUGGAUGAGAUUUUGGAUGUCUCAGAGGAUGAAGGGGUUGCCCAGCUAACGUUAGGAGAUGAGUUGCUCGGGAUGGAUGGAGCCCGCUACUUAAAGCUCGAUGACUUCAAGGACCAGGACGAUGACUUCCUCUCCCCUAAGAAGACUCUAAGAGACUUUGAGGGUGGCUUGGGUACAACCCCAUAUUCGCCUGCUAUUCCCAGGAUCCCUUGUGUGUCCCCAGAGACAGUUCUGCUGGAUCAGCAUACCCCCAUCCCCCUGCCAAAGGAAUAUGAUGAAGACUCUCUUAUCCCGAGCAGUCCUGCUACGGAGACUUCAGACAAUGUCAGCCCCGUGGCCAGCCCUAUUCACACGGGCUUCCUGGUGAGUUUCAUGGUGGAUGCUCGAGGAGGCUCCAUGCGAGGCAGCAGACACCACGGCCUGCGGGUUAUCAUUCCACCUCGAACCUGCGCCGCGCCGACACGCAUUACCUGCCGUCUGGUCAAACCUCAGAAACUGACCACGCCUCCUCCACUGGUGGAGGGGGAGGGGCUUGCUAGCCGCAUCAUCUCCCUAGGGCCGUCCAGUAUGCAGUUCCUUGGGCCAGUAAUUGUUGAAAUCCCACACUUUGCCUCACUGGGCCGGGGGGACCGAGAGCUCGUGGUCCUCCGCAGCGAAAAUGGCUCGGUCUGGAAGGAACAUCGCAAUCGCUAUGGCGACGAAGUGUUGGAAACUAUUCUGAAUGGCAUGGAUGAAGACCUGGAGAGUCAAGAGGAGCUGGAGAAGAAGAGAAUCCGCCGGAUCAUCUCCACUGACUUCCCCCUCUACUUUGCUGUGGUCUCCCGCAUUCAGCAGGAGAGUGACCUGAUCGGUCCGGAGGGUGGGCGGCUGACCAGUAAGCUGGUGCCCCAUGUUGAGGCCAUCUUCCCCGAGACAGCCGUCACCAAAAGAGUGAGACUGGGACUGCAGGCGCAGCCAAUCCCCGAUGAACUGCUGACUCGACAGCUUGGUAACCAAGCGACCUUCAGCCCAGUGGUUACCAUCGAACCACGCCGACGCAAAUUCCACCGUCCAAUCGGAUUGCGCAUCCCAUUGCCACCAUCCUGGAGAGAGAGUCCUCGGGAUGCUGGGGAGGGAGAUACCACCAGCUUGCGCCUCCUCUGCAGUGUCAUUGGUGGAACAGCACCAGCUCAGUGGGAGGACAUCACUGGAACCACAAAGCUGAUGUACACCAAUAACUGUGCCAACUUUACCACCAAUGUAUCUGCAAGAUUCUGGCUGGCAGACUGUCCACGCACGGCAGAGGCAGUGACCUUUGCUAACUUGCUGUACCGUGAGCUAAUGGCCGUGCCAUAUAUGGCCAAGUUUGUUAUUUUUGCCAAGAUGAAUGAAGCGCGUGAGGGACGCUUGCGUUGCUACUGUAUGACCGAUGACAAGAUGGACAAAACGCUGGAGCUGCAUGAAAACUUCACUGAAGUGGCCCGCAGUCGAGAUAUUGAGCUGAUGGAGGGCAUGCCGCUGCACCUGGAGUGUUCUGGGAACCUGGUGCCAGUCAGGAAGGCCACCCAGCAGCCUCGCAGCUUCAGCUUCCAGGCCUUCAGAGAUAACAGACUGCCCGUCUCUGUCAAGGUCAGAGAUAGCAAUAAGGACGCCACUGGGUUUUUAUCCUUUCUGCGGAAGUGCACAAAGUACGAGGACACACAGCACGUACUGUGUAACCUUAACAUAACCAUGCCGCCUUGUGUCAAGGUUGUUGGAAGUGAAGAGCGCAGGAGAACUUUAACCCCUCUAGCCCUGAGAGAGCGCUACAGUGCGCUGAACGAGCCUGGUGUGGCCGCAGUGAAUGCCAUGGAGAGGACCGAGAUCAAAAUCAACAUCAUAUCUGAACAGCUGGGUUUGAGCUGGGCAGAGCUGGCACGAGAGCUUCAGUUUGGUGUGGACGACAUCAAUAGGAUCCGUGUAGAGAAUCCCAACUCACUGUUGGACCAGAGCUCUGCCCUGCUCAACCUGUGGGCUAGCAGAGAAGGCAAAAGGGCCAAGAUGGAGAGCCUGUACACUGCUCUGAAGAACAUUGACCGUGCAGACAUUGUGACGUCUCUGGAAGGUCAGGCUCCGCAGCCAGCACCCGGUUCUUCAGAGGAGGGUGCCUGUCGACUCGGCGACCGCGACUCCACCCUGCUGUCCCCUAGUGUCAUCAACGAGAUCACGGACACAAGGCCAUCGCGCCUAGUGCACAAGCCACGAGUUAUUAGACCCCCGUUUUUCAGAAGGGGUUAUGGGCUGGUGCAGGAGGAGCUUCUGUCCCCAGCCUCCAUGCAGUACAGCUUGCCCUCUCCACUGGGUGUGGAGCCCUACUGGCAAGAAGUGUCCAGCCUCGAGUGUGCCCCCAUUGCCACCACGGAGGAAGACACAUUAAUGGAGUUGUCGGACGUUCAGGUGUGGCCAGCAGGGGUCAGCCCCUCGCUGGUUACAGUCGAGGAUUCAUCUCUAGAGGGCAGCAGUCGAGCGGAUGACUCCGAGGGUGCCACACUCUCCCUCCCCUGCAGCUUGGGCCGCCCAAGCAGUGGAGCCAGCGUGGCCAGCGGCUCCAUCAUGGAGCUGGAGGAGGAGGAGGAGGAGGAGGAGGAGGGGGAGGUUGAGGAGGAGGAGGCACCACAGGAGCCAGCAGGUGCACUGGCAGAAAGGGACAGGGUGAGGGCCAGUGGAGCUGUUCCCAAGGUCAACCUAAACGGCCAGCUGGGAGGUCAGAGGUCGGAUGUCAGGAGAGGGGAGGCCCUUGCGGCAGGAGGAGGAGCAAAAGGAGGAGGUGCAGGGCUGGGUUCAGUGGAAGGGAUUUCUGUUGUUGCAGGCCAGCAGGUGUAUGCCCAGCGGUGUGAGAUGUCGGGACUGAGUCGGGCUGCAGAGCACAAUGGAGACAACCGGGUGGUGGGAGGCGGAGCAUUUCAACCCUAUUUACCGGACAAGGACUCCCUGCAGGGCUGGGUGGGCUCAGUGCCAUCGGGACGUGACGGCAGCGUGCCCGGCUUGCGUGUGGCCCAGGAGGCUCUGCUGACUCCGGAGGCGGGCCAACAUGCUUGGGAACAGGAGCAGAGGCGGGUCCAGAGAGAGGAGAAAGAGGACUAUGGUGCUGAGGCGCAGUUUGUUGGUGAACACGGAAACAUGCUCGCUAGAAAGGUGGGGGUGGAUGUGAGAAAGGGUGCUCAGUCAGUGCAGCGCAGCAGUCUGCGGAGAGUUAAACACUGAAAUACAAACACUACCCAGUCCUCCAGGACCGGAGAGCCACUGCCAAAACAUCCUCCACAAAAACACAACCAGACCGCGUAGGGAAAUGAGCAAGGGAGGAGAGGAAGACUAAGACAAAGACUAAGAAGUGCAAACUACAAAAUGACAAACACAGAAUCGUCCUCAACGUGUGACCAUGGAGAAUUACAAAAGAAAAGAAGGGGAGAAAAAAAAGAGGAGUUCAACUUGUAGUUUUAUAAUAUUUGUAAAGAAAAUGAUCAACUAGACCAAGGCAUGAUGAUUCUUUUUUCUACAAAAAAACAUAAAUGUCAGCAAAAUAACCAAGAAAAAAAAAGCAACAAAACGUG